AAAUGUCAGAAAUGACAGUGACAGAGACAGAAAUACCAAAAAGGUGGGGUUAUGUGUAAAGUAAAUAAAUUUCUUUUAUUUUAAAACAAUGAAACCCAAUUUUUUGAUACUUAAUUAUUGUUUUAUUUAAUACUAAAAAGUGUGGAGUAUGUCUACUUCAAGUGAAGAUGUUUUGCUGCAAGUGCCCAAUGUGAGAUAUAAGAAAGGAGAUGGUACAUUAUUUCUUAUGGACCAACGUUUGAUAUGGAUGGUAGAAAACAGAGAUACUGUUGCUGUUUCUCAUCCAUACGCUGAUAUUAAAUCUCAAAAAAUUUCACCUGAAGGCAAAGCAAAAGUUCAACUACAGGUUGUUCUUCACAGUGGAGUUUCUUCUACGUUUCAUUUUACCAAUAAAAAUGGCAUACAAACACAAAUUGCUGACAGGGAUCGUGUUAAGGAGAUGUUACAGACUUUGUUGCCAAAGUUUAAAAGAAAGGUUGAUAAGGAAUUAGAAGAGAAAAAUCGUUUACUAUCAACGAACCCUACUCUUUUACAAUUAUACAAAGAUCUGGUAAUGACGGAAGUAGUUUCAUCAGAAGAAUUUUGGUCUCAACACGCUGUCAAAUAUACUCAGAAAAGGAAACAGCAACCUCAAGAAAUAGGUGUAUCGGGAGCUUUCUUAGCAGAUAUUAAGCCUCAAACUGACGGAUGCAAUGGCUUAAAGUACAAUAUUACAGCCGAUAUUAUAGAGUGUAUUUUUAAGACAUAUCCAGUUGUAAAGAAGAAAUAUAUUGAAAAUGUCCCAUCAAAAUUGACUGAGGCACAGUUUUGGACUAAGUUUUUUCAAUCUCAUUAUUUUCACAGAGAUCGAAAAUAUGCAGAGAGCAAAGAUUUGUUUACAGAUUGUGGAAAAAUUGAUGAUCAAGAAAUGAAAAAAGAUAUCCAAAAUGGCGUGAAAGAUCCAUUAGUUAAUUUGACAGAAUUUGAAGAUAAAUCUUUAGAUGAAGGAUAUGGAACAAACAGUGACAAACCAUCGGGAAAUGUGGGUACCGUUAGUCAGGCUAUGAUAAAGAGAUUCAACCAACAUUCGAUUAUGGUACUAAAAGCUACUAAAAGUAAACCAGCAGCACAAGCAAACGAAAAUCAAAAAUCGGAAACCAGUAAUGACACACAAGCUGAAGGCCAUAUUAACAAGAAACAGAAGAUAUUAGAGAAAAUUACUUACGAUGAUUUAGAAAGCAACGAGAGUGAGCAAAAUGGCGGCAUACAUUUGAGUUUGUCAAAAGUUGAAAGGUACCUACAUGGUCCAAUGCCGGACUCUGUAACUGAACAUAUCAAUCAAAAUCAGGCUGCCCAUAUUAUGCGAAAUGUGUUGCAAGAAACAAGACAGUGGCAGAGCAGACUUCACAAUCCGAACCAUGCACUGGUAACGCCAUCCGCCGCGAUUGUGGCUUUAGGGGAGUUGUCACCAGGGGGCGCUUUGAUGAAGGGAUUCCAGGAACAAUCAUUGGCACAACUAGUUCCUUCAGACAUUGAACAAGAAGUCAGAAAUUUAUAUUUAGCUCUCUGCGAGUUGCUGGGUCAUUUUUGGAAAUGUUUUCCCCCAAAUCCUCAGUCAGACCAGAAAAUUGUUAAAAUGCACGAAGCACUGCAACGAUUCCAAUCUGCAAAACUUAAACCAUUUGAGGACAAAUUAAUUAGAGAACUGACUCCACUGUCUCAAUACUUAACGAAACAUUUGAAUCAGCUUCUAAACGCGGCAUAUCAAAAGUUCAACAAUUGGCAUAAAAUUCGGGCCAAUCUGCGAGCCUAAUAUAUAGAUAUAGUUUUAGUUUUUGGAAAUUGUAGCAAUAAUUAUUGUACGUUUUUAUUGAAUCCGUUUUUGUGAUACCGAUCCUUUACUUUUGUAUUUAUUUGUGCCUUUUUAGUAACUUAAGUUAAAUAUAUGUUUAUAUAAAUUA